AUGGUCCUUGUUUAUGAAGUAGCUGUCGGCGAGAUCAAAAGUGUUUUGCCAAUAGAGCCCUACUUCACCGCUCCUUCCCUCUUCGAAGCGAACUUAGCCCAUGUGGCGAAAAAUACAAACGCUGAAACUUCUCCUCCCCCUUUCUUCUUUCCUCCUUCCACUCCACUGCCACGUUGCGAUCCGUGGAACGGCAAUCGCACUGCAGCCGACUCGUCACCGCUGCAUAAUGGUUCCCGCACCCAGAUACGCCGGCGCCGACGUCAACGUCAACGCCAGCGCCAACGCCAACCAUACGGAGCCACGCAAGCCUCGCAAGCCCUUUCUCGACCUCCCACCCCUGUUCACGGCAGCCGCAGCAAAGGUGCAAGCAAAACGGAGCCGAAUCGGCAAGAACCAAUGAGCGAGGCACGGGCGCGUCUCAUUUAUGAAGAGGCCCCUCCAACAGCAAUGGAUCUGCAAGAGUACAAAGCCAAAGUCGCCGCGCAUUUGGACCUCAAUAGCAAGGUCCACCCAAGACUAUAUAACUCGAUCGGGGCGAAAGAUCUUGGGCUCUGCUUCGCGACGUUCUGCACGGAGCAGAUGUGUGCCGCGGCUGAGCGAUGUCCGUGGCGUCAUGCUUGCCUCACUGAAAGCGAGGCGAAUUGGAUCAUCGGGCUCGGUGAAGAGAAGUUCAUCCGGCUUGCCGCUCGGCGGUGGAUGACUCCAAAUGUAGCCUGCCGAAGUAGCUUCCCAGGCAUGUUGGCGGGUGAGGAUACAGGGAGCCAGGAAGCGAUGAUUUGAAGAAAUGAGGGGGUGGAAGAGAAAUGGGAUAUGUGCAGAGCAAAUCUGGGCACGGGAUGUUCUUCAAGUUACUUAUAUUGUACCACAUCUCCAUGGAGCCUCAGAAGGUCAUCACAUGUUCUUCUUAAAUGCAGCCCAUUGCGUUGCCCAACCUUCUGCUAGCUUUAUCCACAUACCGGGUCCGACAUCCCAUAUCCACGAAUGUGUUUUUCGCGGACAUUGAGUUGCCUAGAGACGCGCUCCACUUACAACGGAAACCCAGCUCCAAGGAAACUUUGAACGACGCUUCCAUCAUUCCGAUCGCUCACCACGGGUGACCAGGCUCG